AUGUUCCAGCAAGCGCUGACAGGCUAUAAGAAAGCACUGGGGUCAGACCAUACAUCCACUCUCACUUCAGUCCAUAACCUUGGGGUUCUUUACGCUGAUCAAGGCAGGCAGAAGGAGGUGGAGAAGAUGUUCCAGCAAGCGCUGACAGGGCAUAAGAAGGCACUAGGGCCAGACCACAUAUCCACUCUUAAUUCAGUCUAUAGCCUUGGAAGUCUCUACCAACGUCAAGGCAGGCAGAAGGAGGUGGAGGAGAUGUACCAGCAAGCGCUGACAGGCUAUAAGAAGGCAUUAGGGCCAGACCACACAUCCACUCUUGCUUCAGUCCAUGGCCUUGGGGCUCUUUACGCUGAUCAAGGCAGGCAGAAGGAGGCGGAGGAGAUGUUCCAGCGAGCGUUGACAGGGUGUAAGAAGGCACUAGGGCCAGACUACAUAUCCACUCUCAAUUCAGUCUAUAGCCUUGGGAGUCUCUACCAACGUCAAGGCAGGCUGAAGGAGGCGGAGGAGAUGUCCCAGCGAGCGCUGACAGGCUACAAGAAAGCAUUGGGUCCAGACCAUCACAAGACCCAGCGACUCACGAAGGAAUUGAAACGCUUUCAAACAUUAGUUAAUCCGAAUGUAUAG